GCUGUCGCUUCUCCAACGGCUUCCCACUGUGCUGAAAUUACCGCUACGAUAUUCUCAAAGGCCCUUCGAUGCUAUCGAAGCCCUCUUCUACCCUUCACCUCUCUCCUUCUAUUGUCUAAAUCCCCAACCUCCCCUCCCACUUCUCUGUUCUUUCACCUCUAAUUACUCCCCGCCGGAAAUUGAUGGCUGUUUCCUGCCCCAAAUGCCCUUCUCCUUGCCGCUUUGGCGUUCCACGGACUCACCGAACAACGCCGUCUUCGGGGCCUUCAUUUCUGUUUUCCCUCCCUAAGCGGGAAUGGGCGAAGCGGGUCUCUUCCCGAAGAGAUAAAAAUCAAAACUUUGGCCCUAUCUGCAUGCAAGAAGCUGUAACGCCGGUGCCCACUGCUAAAGAGUCUGCUUUAAAGAAUGUUGAAAAUGGUGGAUUACCUACUGUAUGUUCAGAUGAGUCCAGAAUUAAGGCAGUUAAUAGCACUAGUGGGAAGGAAUCGACGGUUAGUAUCACAGUGGUUGGGGCCUCUGGUGAUCUAGCGAAGAAGAAGAUUUUUCCUGCGUUGUUUGCGCUCUUCUACGAGGGUUGCCUGCCAGAGCAUUUUACAAUUUUUGGAUAUGCUAGGAGUAAAAUGGCUGAUGCUGAGUUAAGAACCAUGGUCAGCAAGACGCUCACUUGCCGGAUAGAUAAGAGGGAAAAUUGUAAAGAUAAAAUGGAGCAAUUCCUUGAAAGAUGCUUUUACCAUUCAGGGCAGUAUGACUCCGAGGGAGAUUUUGCACAGCUAGACAAGAAGUUGAGGGAGCAUGAGGCUGGGAGGAUCUCAAAUCGCUUGUUCUAUCUAUCUAUACCUCCAAAUAUAUUCGUUGAUGUGGUGAAAUGUGCCAGUAAGUCAGCAUCUUCUUUGAAUGGCUGGACACGGGUAAUUGUCGAAAAACCCUUCGGACGUGACUCUGAAUCUUCUGCUACAUUGACAAGAAACCUUAAACAGUAUUUGAAGGAAGAUCAAAUUUUCAGAAUUGAUCACUACCUUGGAAAAGAACUUGUUGAAAACCUGUCUGUUCUCCGAUUUUCAAAUUUGGUGUUUGAACCUUUGUGGUCAAGGCAGUACAUCCGAAAUGUACAAUUGAUUUUUUCUGAGGAUUUUGGGACCGAAGGUCGAGGAGGAUACUUUGAUAACUAUGGUAUCAUCAGAGACAUAAUGCAAAAUCAUCUUCUCCAAAUACUGGCUUUGUUUGCCAUGGAAACACCUGUCAGCCUAGAUGCAGAGGACAUUAGAAAUGAAAAGGUGAAAGUCCUUCGCUCCAUGAAGCCACUGCAGUUGGAUGACAUUGUAAUUGGACAGUACAAGAGCCAUACAAAAGGUGGGAUUACUUAUCCAGCAUAUACAGAUGAUAAGACAGUACCCAAGGGAAGUCUUACACCGACAUUCGCAGCCGCCGCACUAUUUAUUAAUAAUGCAAGAUGGGAUGGGGUGCCCUUUCUUAUGAAAGCAGGCAAGGCAUUGCACACUCAACGAGCAGAGAUCAGAGUACAAUUCAGGCAUGUUCCUGGAAACUUAUACAAGAGGAGUUUUGGUACAGAUCUUGAUCGAGCUACAAAUGAGCUUGUCAUUAGGGUGCAGCCAGAUGAAGCUAUUUACUUGAAAAUCAAUAACAAAAUCCCUGGUUUGGGGAUGAGAUUAGAUCGUAGUAACUUGAAUCUACACUAUGCAGCAAG